AUGGCUCAAGAAGAAGAAGCAUCCGUAGUUAUAAGUGUAUUGAAAAUAAUAUCCUUUCUACUUUAUUUUGCUCUCUGGAUAUAUUUUGAAGUUAAAGAAUUCGGUUCUUAUACAUCCAAAUCAUUUUCUAUAAAUAUAAUUUUGGGUUUUGCUUUUGCUUUGUCGAUAAUAUUUUUCUGUGCAGAAUUAUUUUCUUUAUUAGAUGAAAACGAAGAUGCUAUAAGA